AAAAUAAAUAAACAUUUGGAAAUUAGUCACUUUAUUAAAACGAAACCUUAAACCAGUCUUUAAAAAUAUGUAUGUAAAUCUACUUUUAGGUUUAAUUGUUGUUAAUAAUAUGACUUACAUACAAUAGGUCAAUGAACAUAUGAUUGGUUCCGAUGCGUGGUUUUGGUUUGAACGUUGUUGAGUCAAAUAUAAAAAAGUACAUAAGAAAAUAAUUCUGAACUCGUUUUCAUGUUACACAUUUUUGUAAAUACCCUCAAAGUGGAGGUGCUAUAAAAUUACGUCAUAAUUAUCACUUGUGGCUUAAACGUUUUCUGACGCACUUUACUUCCAAAAAUUCACGAAAUUUAACCAAUGUCAACUUUACCUAAAGGUGAUGAUGAUGACGCAUUCUUAAGGUUGUCUGCGGCAACUUCACAGUCAAUACAAAGUGAAGACUGAAGUAGACUCGUGCUGGAUUAUUAAUCAUUUCUCGAAGAAAAUAAUUGCAAGCAAAAAACUGGAAAAGCCCCACAAAAUUCAAUGAAACUUAAAUCAGAUUGAAUUUGUAUAUUCUUCCAUAUUUAUACUUUAGAGCGUUUCAUGUUUCAUCUUUUGAGAUUCCCCAGAAUCUAUAAUGAGAAACAUAUGACGUCUUGAAAAAAAAAAGUUAAAAUGAUCUCCUAUAAGACUGAUAAACUUGAACUAGUUGACAUUAGUCUUUAUAAAAUAGUUUAACGUAAAGUAUCUUAAGCCUUAACAAAGAAAGCGAGAGAGUGUGCAUUUAAGUUAAAGAUUUUAAUUCUGUUUUGUUUUCAUUUAAUAUCUCUUUCGAAUUUUGUUAGUCACAUUGUUUUAACUUAUUUUUAUAAAUAUCCUUGUAACUUUAAGUGUACCUUAUAUAUAAUUUUAUUACGUGUGGUAAAAAAUUUGGGAAUUUUUACAAAAACAAAAAACCAAAUAAAUUAAGUAUAAAAUCUGAAGAAGAUUUAUCCAAGAAAUCAGUUGGAAUUUAACAUCGAAUCACACAUCAGCAAGCAAUAUGGGAUCAUUUACAAUCUUUGUGGCCUUAACCUGGAUAGUUGGAGCAGUAUUAAUUUGUUCAGAAGCAGCACCAGUUACGGAAUUUUUCGGACCUCCACAGACAAUUGAAGGCGAUAGUAAUGUUGACUAUCCAGAACAAAAUAAAAAGCCUAAAGUCAAGGAGAUGGAACGUUUUCAUAGAACUUACAAUAACGGGACAGUUGAGUUUAAAAUGGCCCUUAGCAAUGGACAUGUCCAAUACCAAAGAAUAAGUUCAAAGAUUGUAGAUGGAGAUAAGGUUCAAGUCUAUGAAGGAUACAUUUCUGAACAAUACAAAGAUGGUCGUUAUGGAACUAGAUAUUAUGCAGCUGAUGAAAAUGGAUAUCGCAGUUCAUCAGUGAUAAUUGAAGAUGAACCUCCCAGGCUACCCACAAGUGGUCCAUAUAGCUCGAAUUUGCCUCAAGAUAUUCAAAAACAGCUAUCACCAAUGAAUAAAGACGAUACACAAACCAAACCAAAGACUAUUAAAGAUAAUUUAGUUGAAAUUGAAAAUGAUAUCGAAGAAGAGCUAUUGUCAAAGCUUAACCUUGGAUCUAAUAAUGCUAAUCAAAAUUCCAUUUCAUCCACUGAGUCCUCAGAAAUAGUGAAACCCAGUGAAGAACCAUCGUCGGUUGCACAAAAUUUCAAUGAAGAUGGAACAGAACUUCCAAUCGAUUUAGACCAACUUUCUACAACAGAAUUUUUGGAACUUCUGUCUACCACGAGAUUUGAAAAUAAAAAUGAAAUUUCAGAACCAACAAUUGUACCAGCUCUAGAAGAGGUAUCGGAAGGAAUUGAUAUUGCAUCGAAAACUAGUACAGAACAACCAUUAAAUGAAGAAAACACAACUGCCGACAAAUCUGAAGAAACUUCAAGUUUGCCAAAUCAAGAAAAUUUUAAUUCAAGAAGUAUGCAAAGUACAGGGAUUUUGUCUGAGGAAGGUGAAGAUGAGAAGAUAAAUGAAGAAAUUCCAGAAGGAAUAACUGGAUCACUUUUAAAUGAUAUCGUUACAUCAACAGAACAAAUAAAUACAAUUAAGGCAGAACAGCCAAUUGAAGAAAUUCCAGAAGGAACAACUGGAUCACUUUUAAAUGAUAUCGUUACAUCGACAGAACAGAUAUACACUAGUUCAAUUAAUAAUGAAUCUCAAGAACAGAGUUCAUCUGUAGUUCCAGAAUUAAACGAAAUAAAGACUGAAGGUGAAACCUCAAGCGUUUCACGAUACCCACUUCAAGACAAUGGAUCAGAGACAACAACUCAGUCAUCUGUUGAAAGUUCUUCAUCAACGGCAAUAAGUGACGAGACUUCAAAUGAAAAUAAUAAUUCUGAUAUUCCCUCACCAAGCAUAUCUUCAGAGAUUGAUAAUAGUAAUGGAAUUACAAGUGAAGAAUCAGUUACUUCAAGAAAUGAGGGCUCAGAAUGGACCACAGAAAAGUCAUUGGAAGAUGUUUCAGAAGCAGUAACUGAAACGCUGUCAAAUGAUGAAGUUAAAUCAACUGAAUCAACUGCAACCUUAGAUAACGAAGCUCAGGAGCCAAGCACAUCAGUAAUUCCAGAGUUCAACGACAUAAGGACUGACGCUAAAAUAUCAACUGCUUCUAAUGGAUACCCGUUAGAAGAUUCUCUAUCAGAAACAACGACCUUAAUACCAGAUGAUGAACUUUUGAAGAGUUCUGACGAAAAAAUUCAAUCUCUUGCAAAAGACGUAUCAACUAUUAGCACAACAUCAGAAGAAACUGAAUCUAGUUCUGAACUUCCAUCAUCAAGUUUUGCUCCUGAACUUGAACAUUCCUCACCAGUAACAUCUGAUGAUGAAAUUAAAAUCGAAACCACAACAGAUCUUCCAAUAGAGACCUCAACAAAUACGGAUCAUACAAUCUCCGGUGAUGAGAUUCCAAAUGAUCAACGCAAUGAAAAUAACUCUCGAAGUCUUGAUAUUUUAAAAGUAUUACCACUUUCUGAGAAAAAUUCAACAAAUGUAAAUGAGGAAGAUUUAACAGAUAAAACAGAUACAAGUACUGAACAUCCAACCGAAGAAGGAAGCGUCUCAUCUACAACAUCUAGUGAAAACAUUAGCUCUGAUAUCACAACUGAAGCAGAAGUUAUUUUAACUACAGAGAAUAAUCUUGGCGCUAGCCCUUCAGAAAAAAGUAACGAAAAUAUCACUGAAAGAGAUUCUCAAAUAACAACAGAUCAGCCUUUAAGCAGUUCUAUUGAAAAUGAUUCUGGUGCAGAAAAUAAAGAAAAAUCGCAUGAAGAUGAGAGUACUGAACUUCCAAAAGAAUCAAGUGAAGAAGAUCACAAUACAAAGGUAGAACUGUUUUCAUUUAAUGACGAGAAAGAAGGAAAAUCAAUCGAAGACGUUGCUAGCACUGAAACUCCAAAAGAAUCUAGUGAAGAACAUAACAACACUUCAACCGUGACUGAAGAGAAGGAAGAUAAAUCAGCCGAAGAUGAGACCAGUAGUACUGACCUUCCAAAUGAAUCAAAUGGAGAAGAUUACAAUACAAAGGUAGAACUGUUUUCAUUUAAUGACGAGAAAGAAGAAAAAUUGAUUGAAGACGUUGCCAGAACUGAAUCUCCAAAAGAAUAUAAUGAAGAAGAUCUUAACACUUCAACAGUGACUGAAGAGAAAUCAGCAGAAAAUGAGACCAGUACUGACCAUCCAAAUGAAUCAAGUGAAGAAGAUAACAGCACACCAUCAGUUACUGAACAAUCUACAGAAGAAGAAGUUCUUUCAACUACCGAAGAAACAAAUAGAGGUGUUGAAAUUGAAUUGGCUUUACCUGUGAUUCAUUUUUGAAUUCAUGAAUAAUGCAAAUUAUAUACUCAUAUUGUGUUUAAGCUAGAAAGUGCCAUAGUAUUAUAAAAUAAAGACUUAUAACAUUUUUGAAAAUGUUUCGAAUGUAAAAUUUAAAGAAUAAAGUUCAUUUUAUUUAUAAUU